UGCUCAGGUUUCACUCCACGCUGUGCUCCUCCUCAGACACACUCAAGCUUUUACUUUGAAAUCCUGUUUGGAAGACGCGUUUUAGCCGGUGAUCCCCGGGGAUCCCAUAGCCGGGGCUCCUGUGUGCAGCCUGGGGCUUCAUGACACCUUCUGUAGGAACGAUUAGAAAGCAGCAGAAGACCAUGUGGGCUACUUCCUAAUCAUCCCAUCGCCUCCUGUUGGACAAGACGCCGCUGUGCUGCAUCAUCAGAGGAUCACCGGCGGGCCGGUUCACGGAGAUCCGGUGAAACCCUUCAGAUCCUGGGAUAACUCACCUCUUCCCUGGAAAGGAAUGCCCCCUAUCAGAGACAACAACCAUGAACUGGAGAGUAUGGUCAAAACUGUGCUGUAGCCCAAGAUGGAUUCUUCUUCUUUCUCCCCUCUUCCUCCUCCUCCUCAUGAUCUUUGUGAUGGCGGUUACUUUGCCUCCCCCUCUGCCGCCUGUUGACAUUGACCGGCGGUCAUCCCGAGGUCUGAGUUCCGCUAGGGAGUUCAAACCCAGGCCCAGGGUUCCGGAGCCUGGUACAGUCGGCGGCUUCCAGCAGCCUGUUCCUCUCAGCCACAGAAGAACGUGGAGACACAGUUCUGGGAAAGAGACUCCCAUGCACUUAGCGCUACAUAAACCUUUUGGGAAUGCUGCUGGAGAUGUUAAAAACAGCAUAAAAGCUAGAAGUCAUGCUAACAUUCACAAAAAAAAACAAAAAAGCCAAGGAGUUGCUACUAGAAGAAUAGUGAGGGCAGACAUUAUCCUGGCAGCAAAUCAUCACCACUCUCAGCUUUCUGACUUUACAAGUAAAAACACAAAGCUACAGCACAGAACUAAGCCAAGUAGCCACACUGUACAGACACACAGUCAUCUCAAAGGAACUGUUCCCACAGGAGAGCAUUCAUCUUCUCCAGCAGAUAUCAUAAAAGGUGGCCGGAGAUCUACACGCACACAGGCAGGCAGACACACAAACCAGGUUGCAGACAGACAAAUGAAUGGCAGCCAGAGAAAUUCAAAGCGAUCCCAACAUUACAGGGCUUUGGAGCAACACAGUGAAGCUCCAAAGCCCUCUGGAAAACCUGUCCGUGUGGGUAAGGAGGAAAAGCCCUCAAGUGAUCCGAAAAGGGACCAUUAUUUCUCCAAAGGUCCCCCUGAGGUCAAGGUGCAUCUUGUGUCACGGGAUCACAGAAAGGCUUUGUCCCAACUGGAAGCCACCAUACAGAUGGAUGACAGCUGGUGUCAGAACUUUAGAGAGCAUGACUUUUCAGACAGUGACCAGAGGAAGAUCAGGGUAGGUGGAGACCUGCAGCAUCUUCCCUGGCUCAGCAAAGAUGACAUAGAGAAGAUGCAGCUCUUGGCUGGUGGGGAAGUUGUCAGUAAGACCAGGGUGCCUGCACAUGGACAAGUCCUCCAAGUAGCAUUUGGUCCUCCUGCACACCAUCAGAACAUCCAGCAGCUGAAGGAUUCACAGCAGCAUGGAGCUGGACAUACUGCCACCCACAGCGAGCACUGCCAGCAAGGGCUCUGCUCCCUGGUGAAACGCCCAGAAGACUGGUUUGAAGUGUUUGCUUUCCACCUGGACAGAGUCCUUGGACUCAACAGAAGUCUGCCAGUAGUUUUCAGAACUUUCCACAAUCAUAUUCUGCCCUAUAGAUACAUUAAUGGUGAGCCAAGACCUGUGGUUUGGUGGGAUCCUGACAUUCAGCAUCUUGAUGAUAAAGACAAUGACCAGAACUCAGUGCCUCUCAGCUGGGUCCAGUACCAGAAGCUGUUACAGGCCAGAUGUGGGAACCAAACAGGCCUUUGGUCAGAGCCGUGUGUGGGAGUUCUGCAUGCAGAGUGGGGAAAAUUGGCUCUGUUUGACUUCAUAUUACAAAUAAACGACCGUCUGGACAGAAACUGCUGUGGGUUUACACCAGAUCCAUCAGAACUCUGUGUGGAGAACCUGCUGCACAGCAAGUGUGGCAAUAGCAAGGACCUGCAGCUGGUUCAUAUCCUGGUGCGGGAGACGGAUCCUUCCAGACUUGUGUUCAUAGAUAAUGCGGGUAGACCACAGCAACCUGGCAACAACCUCAACUUCAGGCUGGUUGAGGGCAUUGAUGAGUUUCCGGAGAAAGCUGUCUCAGUGCUCCAGUCUGGCUGUCUGGAACAUCUUCUCCUGUGCUCCCUCUACACAGACAAAGAAUUCUGGGAAAGCCGUGGUGGGUACGACGCUCUCAGGCCUCUUGUCUACUUGGUGGAGAAAAGGGGGCACUAUCUCCUCCAGUAUAUUAAGGACAAGAAGCUGCACCUGAAGAGUGAUGUGUGACUUGGCUGGACCAUCUAAACAGAAACAGGCAGCAGCAUUUGAUAUCAUUUCCUCAAUGUUGAUCAUUAUGGAGUAAAACAGAAUCAGCCUUUUGAUGAGGACGGAUCAAAUGUAAAAAUAUUUUUUACUUUUUAUGAAAGGGUCUGUCGCCACACUGUGUUAAGAUGCACAAAGCAAAAGAUGAAAGAAAAUAAGUGAAUAUGCCUGAAAAUCAAGUGCCAUUUUGUGUCAUAGUGACACUUUUGUAAAGAUGAACUAUCGCACUGCUUUCCUUUUAUAUCUUACUCUUGUUAAAAGACCAGAUGUAUUUUUUACCUCCUCUGAAUUAAAAUUCCAGUCACACCCCA